GAGUCCCCUGGCACGGGCCGCUUCCUGGAGUCCCGAGCGCACCGCAGCCGCCUCCGGGUGAGUGAGGAACGGGUGUCCCGGCGCCGGCUCUGUCGAGGAAAAUGAAGUUAAGCCGCCAGUUCACCGUGUUCGGCAGCGCGAUCUUCUGCGUGGUGAUCUUCUCGCUCUACCUGAUGCUCGACCGGGGUCACUUGGACUACCCGCGGGGCCCGCGCCGCGAGGGCUCCUUUCCGCAGGGCCAGCUCUCAAUGUUGCAAGAAAAAAUAGACCAUUUGGAGCGUUUGCUAGCAGAAAAUAAUGAGAUCAUCUCAAAUAUUCGAGACUCAGUCAUCAAUUUGAGUGAGUCUGUGGAGGACGGAUCGAAAAGUUCACAAGGCAAUUUCAGCCAAGGCACUGGCUCACACCUUCAGUCUUCACAGUUCGCCCUGCAGGUCGACUCGCAAGACUGUUUGUUUGCUUCUCAGAGUGGAAGUCAGCACCCGGAUGUGCAGAUGUUGGAUGUUUACAAUCUAAUUCCUUUUGAUAAUCCAGAUGGUGGAGUUUGGAAGCAAGGAUUUGACAUUAAGUAUGAAGCUGAUGAAUGGGACAAUGAGCCCCUUCAAGUCUUUGUGGUGCCUCAUUCCCAUAAUGACCCAGGUUGGCUGAAGACUUUCAAUGACUACUUUAGAGACAAGACUCAGUAUAUUUUUAAUAACAUGGUCCUAAAGCUGAAAGAAGAUUCAAGCAGGAAAUUUAUUUGGUCUGAAAUCUCUUACCUUUCAAAGUGGUGGGAUAUCAUAGAUAUCCCGAAGAAGGAAGCUGUUAAAAGUUUACUACAGAAUGGUCAACUUGAAAUUGUGACAGGCGGCUGGGUUAUGCCUGAUGAAGCUACUGCACAUUAUUUUGCCAUAAUUGACCAAUUUAUAGAAGGACAUCAGUGGCUGGAAAAAAACCUAGGAGUGAAACCUCAGUCCGGCUGGUCCAUUGAUCCUUUUGGUCAUUCACCAACAAUGGCUUAUCUUCUGAAGCGUGCUGGAUUUUCACACAUGCUCAUCCAGAGAGUUCAUUAUGCAAUUAAAAAACAUUUUGCUUUGUAUAAAACAUUGGAGUUUUUUUGGAGACAGAAUUGGGAUAUGGGAUCGGUCACAGACAUAUUUUGCCACAUGAUGCCCUUCUACAGCUACGACAUCCCUCAUACUUGUGGGCCUGAUCCCAAAAUAUGCUGCCAGUUUGAUUUUAAACGACUUCCAGGAGGCAGAUAUGGUUGCCCUUGGGGAGUACCCCCAGAAGCAAUAUCUCCUGGAAAUGUCCAAAGCAGGGCUCGAAUGCUACUUGAUCAGUAUAGGAAGAAGUCAAAACUUUUCCGCACUAAAGUUCUUCUGGCCCCACUAGGAGAUGACUUUCGGUACAGUGAAUACACAGAAUGGGAUUUGCAGUACAAGAAUUAUGAGCAGCUAUUUAAUUAUAUGAAUUCUCAACCUCAGCUUAAAGUCAAGAUCCAGUUUGGAACUUUAUCAGAUUACUUUGAUGCUUUGGAAGAAGCAGAGGCAACUAAGAAAAACGGCCAGUCCACGUUUCCUAUUCUAAGUGGAGACUUUUUUACUUAUGCUGACCGAGAUGAUCAUUACUGGAGUGGCUAUUUCACAUCAAGACCUUUCUAUAAACGAAUGGAUAGAAUCAUGGAAUCCCAUUUAAGGGCUGCUGAAGUUCUUUACUAUUUCGCCCUGAAACAAGCUCAGAAAUACAAAAUAAACAAAUUUCUGUCGUCACCACAUUACGCAGCAUUGACAGAAGCCAGAAGGAAUUUAGGUCUGUUUCAGCAUCAUGAUGCUAUCACAGGAACUGCAAAAGACUGGGUGGUUGUGGACUAUGGUACCAGACUCUUUAAUUCACUAAUUGCUUUGGAGAAAAUAAUUGGAGAUUCUGCAUUUCUUCUCAUCUUGAAGGACAAAAACACAUACAAGUCUUAUUCUUCUGAACCCUUCCUGGAGAUGGAUAUGAAGCAAAACUCACAAGAUUCUCUGCCACAGAAACAUAUAAUACAGCUGAGUACAAGGGAUCCAAGGUAUGUUGUGGUCUAUAAUCCUUUAGAACAAGAACGAAACUCAGUGAUAACAAUCUACGUGAGUUCCCCCAAGGUCCAAGUGCUGUCUGAUUCAGGAAUACCUGUGGAAGUUCAAGUGAGUGCUGUAUGGAGUGAAGCAAGAACUAUUUUGCAAACAGCCUAUGAGGUUUCUUUUCUAGCACAUAUUCCACCAUUGGGCCUGAAACUGUAUAAGAUUAUAGAAUCAGAAAGGUCAAAUUCACCUUUGGCUGAUUAUGUCCUAUAUAAUGGUGUGAUGGAAGAUGGGACUUUCCACAUAAAGAACAUGGUAGAUGUUGUGGAUGCUAUAACUAUAGAGAACUCCUUCAUGGCACUCUGGUUUGAUCAAUAUGGGCUUUUAGAGAAAAUGAAAACUAAAGAAGAUGGUAAGCACCAUGAAAUAAAGGUGCAUUUCUCAUGGUACGGAACCACAGGUAGAAGAGACAAAAGUGGUGCCUAUCUCUUCCUACCUGAUGGGCAUGCCCAGCCAUAUGUUUCUUCAAAACUGCCCUUUGUCAUUGUGACACGUGGAAGAAUAUAUUCAGAUGUAACUUGCUUCUUUGACUAUGUUACUCAUAAAGUCCGACUGUACAACAUCCAUGGAAUAGAAGGACAAUCUGUGGAGGUUUCUAAUAUUGUGGACAUUCGAACUGUGCAUAACCGUGAGCUUGUAAUGAGAAUUUCUUCUAAAAUAAACAACCAAAAUAGGUUUUAUACUGACCUAAAUGGAUACCAGAUUCAACCUAGAAGAACAAUGAGCAAAUUGCCUCUUCAAGCAAAUGUCUAUCCAAUGACCACAAUGGCCUAUAUCCAAGAUUCUGAGCAUCGGCUGUCACUGCUCUCUGCUCAGUCUUUAGGUGUUUCCAGUUUGACUACUGGUCAAAUUGAAGUUUUCAUGGAUAGAAGACUCAUGCAAGAUGAUAACCGUGGCCUUGGGCAAGGUGUACAUGAUAACAAAAUUACAGCUAAUUUGUUUCGAAUCCUGCUGGAAAGAAGAAGUGGCAUGAACCUGGAAGAAGACAAGAAUGCAGUCAGCUAUCCUUCCCUCCUCAGCCACAUGACCUCUUCUUUCUUGAAUCAUCCCAUCCUUCCCAUGAUAGUCAAAGUACAGGUUCCUUCUCCCAGCUUUGAGCUGCUAAGUGAAUUCCCUCCGCUACUGUCAUCUUUUCCUUGUGACAUCCAUCUGGUCAAUCUACGGACAAUACAGUCAAAGGUGGGCAAUGGAUAUUCUGAUGAGGCAGCCUUGAUCCUCCAUAGGAAAGGGUUUGAUUGCCAGUUCUCCAGUAGAGGCAUGGGCCUGCGUUGUUCCACUACUCAGGGAAAGAUAUUGGUACCAAAACUUUUCAAUAAGUUUACUGUGGAAAGUCUCACUCCUUCAUCUUUAUCCUUGAUGCACUCACCUCCAGAAGUUCAAAAUAUAAGUGAAAUCUACUUGAGUCCCAUGGAAAUCAGCACAUUCCGAAUCCAGCUGAGGUGAACCUGACUUUGAGAUUCGAAUUGAGAAGCAUUGGCUUUUUUACCUUUCUUGGUUUGACGUGCAAUAACGAAGCACAUUAUUUUAGCUUCUGGCUACUGUGAGAACCUGAAUUCUGUGAUUUUUUUUUUUUUUAAUGCCCGUAUAGUAAGAAAAGAAAAAAGCCAUGCUAAGUCACCAAGUUUCUUUCUUUAAUUUCAUCCCGUGAACUGCCACUGUCGUUAUGAUUUGAUGCAGCACGUGAAGAAAGGGUUAAAGAUAGCCCUCAACAGAUGGUCUCUCAGGUUAAAUGCUAACUAAUUAUGACUGUGCUGGGGAUUGGGAAGAGAUCCUAAGUAUUGGUGUUGCUAGUCUGUCAAUAGUUUUAUUAAAAAAAAAAAAUACCCAAAUGGAAAACCUAUAAAGAGACCAAAAUAUUUAAAAAAUAAUGCUAGUGAGUAGUAGCUUAGUAGCCAAGAUGGUUGCAAUUAUUAAUACAAAUUUGAAAAAUUGUGUGUAUUAAAACGUGGAAAAGUGCAAUCUCCCAAACUUUUGAUAAACAUAGUUGAUUGUCACACUUUUUCCUGAUGAACCUCCUGACAAACCCUUUCCUACCCUAGUAUUUUCAGAAAGGACUGACUUUGAAUCAUUCAACAGUAGAAAAAGAGGCAUAUUUUCAUUACUUGACAAUGUGGGAUAGGUGCAAUUUAUUCCAUGGUCACUGAAAUAGAAAAAGCAAUUCCCUUGGUACCACAACCCUAUUUUAGGUACCACAAGGUGUCUUUUUACACAGCUCAUUUGAAUACAGGUGUUCUGAGGUGGGGUUUUCUAUUUUAAAAGUACCAUAUCAAAAUAAAUGUGCCUUAUUUUUUAUAAGUCUUGUUAAAUCUUUUGGUGUCCAUAUUACUGUUUGGGGAAAAAGGGGGGAUUAUUAGGAGGCUGGGGCAGAGGGUGGGUACUUUCUAUGACACAUAAAUUAUCUCAUUUUUGCCUGUUAAUGCUGGCCACAUUCUGAUCUGUUUCAUUAAAUUUGUGGUAGUGUUACUAUAAACAUUUUGACUAUUUGAAUGUACUGAGAUGUCAGAAAACAAAACAAGGAAGAAAAAUAUUGUUAAUUAAAACAUGCUGCUGCCAAGGAAACUACACUUGAAGCAAGGGUUUUGUAACAUGCAAAAUCCAGAUACUGUUUCCAUUUCUCAGUAGUUGACCAUAUUGAAGAGAGAAUGCUUUAAAAUAGACUCUGUUUUGAAAUGCACUUAUGUGUAGUUCAUCUUGAUGUAUCUUAACUAAGGAAUAUGUUUGUUCAGUCAACUUCAAACUUUUAUAUGUGCUAAACUCAAAAGUAUAGUUCUAAACCCACGUGCCAUCACAGGACUUUUAAUAAAGUUGAUUUGAUAUCAU